AUGAGCCGGCUCUGCCUCUCCAUCGCCCUUCUUGUCCUCCUGGGCACCCUGGUAUCCUGCACCCCAUGGGGUGAAACCGGCAACCAGGCCCAAGGUUCUCAGCCUGCCUUCUGCCUGGAGUCUUAUUACACGGGUCCCUGCAAGGCCCGGAAGAUCAGGUACUUCUACAACGCCAAGUCCAGGCACUGCGAGAUCUUUAUAUAUGGUGGCUGCCGAGGGAGGAAGAACAACUUCCUGACUGCAGAGGACUGCAUGAAGAUCUGUGGUGGUCAUGCGGGGAUCCGAGGAUGGGAACACGGAGUCAGCCACCCUACAGAGCAGGUCUGCAGAGCUCCUGAGCUCCCCACCUAG